AUUCCGAAAUGGGUACUGCCUGGCAAACCAUCAGUAGAUAACCCGGUGGAAAUUUGAUCGCAGAAUUUCAGAAUGGGAAGCAAAGCAGCACAACAAACGCCGGAGCUGAAUUUCCUGUAACAAGAAGGAUACAUUGCAGCCGCGUGCCAAGGAAAGAGGCUUGUACGGGGCGAGUGUGGUUCCGUUUUGUUCGUUGGUUCUAACGUUUUCUAAGCUUGCGACUUGGCAUUGUGUGAAAGUGGCUGUGAUCCGUUUGGAUUGAACAUAGUUGGACAGAGGCAGGAAGAGAAACCGAUAUCCGCAGAUUUUGUCGAGCUGAAAAAAAGGAGAGUUUGUGUGCUGUUUGGAAACGAUGGGAAAAGUUUUACCUUCGCAAACGAACUGCCACAUUGUAUCGUAAUCAGCCACGUUUGGCAGUAGCUAGUCAUCCGGAAUGUCGAGGCAGGAUUGAUCGAUUGGAAGAUAACCAAUCAGAAACAUGAAAGUAAUACGUCAAACUGUGCUCGGAAUUCGCUGUUUGCCGUAGAGAUUUGUGAUCCCGGAAGGUUAAAACGGUUUACUUCGUGGAAAUUUUGAAGAUCUGUUUAGGCCAAUAAUAAAGUUGAACAUGAUGAUUAUUGCAAACUUUGACUCGGUUGGUUUUUAAGACAUUGUACAAUUCUUUCAGCCUUUAUGGCUGUUAACAGACUACGAAAGAGCAAUGUUUCUGAAUAAAAGUGAGUGAAAUUUUCAACAGGAAACAAAUUUUCAAUAGGCAGUGGAAGUGAAUAUACUGAGCAGUAGGCAUUUAGAUAAACUGAUUAACUCUGAAUAGCCCAGUACCUGGCGACGAUAAAGUGUUCCUUUGUGCAAGCAGAUUGUGUUCAUGUUGGAAUUUUCGUCUUAGAAUGUGCACAAGUCGGUCGGUGACUAUAUCUAUUUUAUACUUGCUCAAUUGAAAAUUUUCAGUAUGUCAACAUAUCUGUGCAAACAGAGCUAAUAGAAAUAGUGUUCACUUAAGAAAUGAUGUGAUCUGUCGAAAUGUACUAAACAAUCACGUUAGUUCGCUCACUUCCGAAGUCAAAAGUUUCUCACGACUCUAGAGGCAAACACAUUUCAACUAUAGUCAGCAUCACCGGAAACCGGGAAACGAAAUGGAGAAACACUAGAACGACGGACAAAACAGGCGUUCGUUUAGCAUUCUGCCACAGGAUCGGCUGAAAACGUUGGAAACUUAGAAUGAGUCAAGAAUCAGCGAUGAGAAACCGAGGCAGGAAGACCGAAGAAGCUGAACCGGGUGCUUCAAAGAAGGAUGUACCACGAAAUGUCGACAUGAAUCAAGUUAUCCUCUUCUCCACUGACGGUCGGUAUCUCCGCAGGAGUAUCUGAGCCUGAUGGUGAUACGUGCCGUCCUAAAGUGAGAAAAUUGUAUUACCGUCGGAAAAAAAAAUUAUUUUUGUCCCAGCAGUUGGUGGGUGGUGAAAUAGUGUUCAAUCAUCCCAAGCACAGGACAACGACGAGAACAUCCAAGAGUUGAUACAGUUGAAAAAGAAAACAUUACAUUUUCUAGUGAAAUUGGUUGCUCAUCAGAAUAUAAGUGAAGGAAAAAAUUCUCCGGAAAAGAACAACCACUUUGUCAUAAAACUAUAAGAUAACUGUCAUGUAAAGAGUUGAGUCAUUAGGGAAACAACAAUAAUAAGUUCUUCCAUCAUCUAACUCUUGAAAACCCGUUAAUUGCUGCAGCACUUUCGAAUCCUUCCGUAACAAGAGUAGAGAAGCAGUGAACGAGUAAACGGACCAUUAAAAACCUCUCACCAGCCAUGAAGUCCGCCAUCCUAUACCCCUAUGGACCACUACGUGCAAAUGGAUGCUGCCGAAUGCUGCAUGCGAAGCAUUUAGCGUUGACUAGUGCAAUUUACACAUUGAACAUCUCCAUUCUGGUGGUGCUGCUCUACUCGUGGCGAAUCAGUGUCAACGUAAAAAAGUAUAGCGAUUUGGAGGACGUCUACUACGGUGUCCAAAUUGCAUACUUUGCUAUCAUCGGAACCCAGUGCUCGAUGAUCCUGCUCAGCGUAGUUCUGCUGUUCGGAAUCUACAAGGAAAAUAUCGGUCUGGUCGUUCCGUGGAUAAUCGGAUUCAUUACCUUCAUGGCGCUGGAAGCCGUGGCGAUGGUGUACUCCAACGUUUUACGGGAUCACGUAAACCGGCAGUUCGACUCGUUAUGCAAAGCGGAGGUAGCUUUCUUCAUAUCACGAGCAUUCAUCAACGCACUGGCAAUGUGGGCCGUCACCCGUUUCUAUAAUCUACUGCGGGCAGGAGUAACCUGGAAGGGACCGGAGGUGAUCGAACUAUGACACAACUCGAACGACACGGAGAAAACGCUGGCGUCUCUCCGUGACGAAACUCACCUGAUUGUGCGGAUCCGAGCCGGCAGUGGUACCAGUAGAGGCGGAAUCAGUAGAGGUCGGAACGAUGAUGACGGCAACGGCAACGACGACGAUGUUGAUGAUGUUGGCAAUGGGGGGCAAGGUAGAAGCGAGGACGAUACUGAUGACAAUAUGAUUGAUGCUUCGGGUAGCGUAGGCAGCCGGGGGAGACGGGGCCCUAAAACUGGCUACCCGAAGCAGUUCUCACACGACGGCGACUCGGAUGAUCAUGAAAAGAGUGCCGGAAGUGGGAGCGAAGAAGACGAUUCACUCCUGGUCGCAUAUGACAGCAACUCUGUAGCAUCCGUUUGACAAUAUCGAAAGUUGGUACGGAUCGCGGCAAAAUUACAGCGGCAGGCGGACAGUUCCGUGUUGUUGUUCUUGAUUAUAUUUUGUAUUGAGGUUUAUGCGCAGAUUUUUAUAUUUUUCUAGACUACGAUGUGUGUGUAGGAACGACAUAUUGUUAUACUUUGGCGGAAAAAUGAGUUUCCUGUACAAAUUGCUUCCAACGUGAAAAGAACGAGCGGAUGAAGAGAGUGCGAAAAUGCGGCUUUGGAUGUGACAGGGAACGAACAAAAAAGGAACCGUAUUUAUUUUUAGAUAUUUUCCUGGCUUUGUAUUUGGCGAGCCACGAUGGCUACCGUUAAACCAAGACUAUAGCUAUGAAAAAACGUUGUAUCUUGUAUACAUAUUACAUACAUAUAGUAGUAAGAAAAACAAACCGAAAAAGGAGAAAAAAUAUAUAAUGAAUGUGCUACCAUGGACAAAUACCUACACAAUCCAAA